AUGUUUAGAUCACCACAAAUGGCACAAAGACUAUCUGGCACCCAGAAACAGGCUCCUACCCCUUCACCACGUAGGAGUCUAGGGAGUAACCCCAAAACACCGCAAGAAAAGACAGAAUCUAAACCACGAGAAUGGGGACCCGAUAUGGACCGUUUCUGGGAAGAACUUACAAAUAUCACCAGUAAACUAUCAAAGGCCCUCGAAGUGCUGGAGUCACAAGCAACCCUAAGAAAGGAUACGAAAGAAAAGCUUAUACUCACAUUAAGGAAAACUAAGGAAAAAUCGAAGAAGAUGGAAGAUACGGUAAAGGAAAUUAGAAGUUACAUCGAACAGCAAGAAAUUAGAUACGGGAUUAUGGAAAGAGAUAUAAAAGAACUAAAGAAAGAAGAAGACCUAAAAGAAACAAUUGAAGGAAUGAAAAAUUCACAAGAAGAAGCAACAAUUAGAAUGGAAAAAUUAAUGAAGGAAUGGGAAGAGAGAUAUCUAGGAAAUGUUGAGAAUAGGCUUAAAGAAAUAGAAGAAGGAAUGGAGGAAAAGACGGAUGAAUGGGAAAGAGAGGGGAACACAACAAAAAACACAACAAAAAUAAUAAGAAAGCUAGAAAAUAUAGAAGAUAAUUUAACAGCAGAGAUUAUAGACAUAGGAAGACGAAUGGGGGAAAAAAUAGAAGACAAUGAAAAUUCAAUUAGAGAAAAGAUAGAGGAAACAGGAACUAAAAUAGAAGAAUACGCAGAAAAACUAGUAGAUAAAAUAGACAACAGGGAUAAGGAAUCAGACAAUGGGACAAGCAUUAAUAACACACUUGCUGAACAGUGCUUAAAGGAGAUUGAAGGACAUUUGAAUGACAGCAUUAUACACGCAAGAGAAGAAAUAAUAGCGGAGAUACGACAUCAAAUAGGAGAAAUAGAAACUAAGAAACCUAGUAGCAAAACUGUAGAAAACACCAGCAAAAUACCAACUUACGCUGAAGUGAUAAGGGAACAAAAGAACAGAGUCCCAAAAACCCUUCACUCCUUAAUAAUAAAAUCAACGAAUCCAAAUGAUAUGAGCGAAGACGUUAUAAAAAAGGUAAAGAAUAAAAUAGAUGCAAAAAAAGAAGGAAUAAAAGUAGAUCAAAUCAGAAAAUGCAAAGAUCAAAGAGUAAUAAUUGGGUGUGAAGAAAAAGAACAAAUAGAAAAAAUAGAAGGUAAAUUAAAAAUAGGAAAGGAACUUAAAAUAGAAAAAGCAACAAACAAGGACCCUCUGGUGGUCCUCAAGGAUGUUUUUAAAGAUAUCGACGAUGAGGAAUUAAUACAAGCCAUCCAAGAACAAAAUAAAUGCAUAUUUGAAGGACUGUUUGAGGAAGACAAGAAAAUAAAAAUAAAAUUCAAAAAGUCAACAAGAAGAGAAAACACAAUCCACAUAGCAUUACAAAUAAAACCAUCGCUCUGGCAGAGGAUGACCGGGGCUGGAUACCUCCACAUUGAUCUUCAGAGGGUUAGGGUGGAGGACCAGUCCCCGGUGAUACAAUGCACAAAGUGCCUAGAAUUCGGGCACGGAAGGAAAUUUUGCACCGCGAGUGCGACCAGAUGUAGCCACUGUGGGGGGUCCCAUCUUCGCCCGGAAUGUCCGGACAGGGAGGGAAAGCCCCCUCGGUGCUGUAAUUGUUUGCACUCGGGGCUGCCGGAAAACACACACAACGCCUUCAGUAAGGAAUGCCCAAUUAGGGCAAAGUGGGAUUUUCUGGCCAGAGCCACAACAGCAUACGAAUAGUUACGUUUCAAGAUCCGAUAUAACGAAAUAUCAUAUAAUCACACAAAAACAACACAAACAAAAACAUAA